UCCACGUAAAAAUGUCUUUAAAACAGCACAUUUCUCUUGUUUAAACUCAGUUCUGAUGAGAAAGUUUUGAGUUUCCUCUCACGUUACACCAGGUCCAACUCCAAGCAUAAGUAAAUCAAGAUGUCCGACAUGACAAGUCUCGCGGCAUCACCUACUUCAAGAUCUUCAAAACGCGCCAUGUACUACGUGCAAAGUCCAUCACGUGACUCUUACACGUCAGUUACACAGCCUAGCCCUAUGGACUCUCCCACACACGAUUCUUCCUCCGUGGGCCGUCACUCUCGUAACUCAUCAGCGAGUAGAUUCUCCGGGAUAUCCCGAUCAUCAUCAUCAGAAAAGAAGAACAUCAAGAAGUGCCGAUCUAACGAGAAAGAAUACGAGAGUAUACUUGCAGAAGGUUCGUACGAAGAAAUGGACGACGUGACGUCUAUAAAGAGGUGUCAAGCACUACUCGCCGUUUUCAUUUUCGUAAUUCUCUUCGCCGUCUGUUGCUUAAUCACGUGGGGAGCUAGUAGACCUUACAAGGCUCAAAUAUCGGUUCAGACUUUCGAACUACGCAACUUUUAUGUUGGUGAAGCAUCAGAUUUCCAUGGCAUGCUUACCAAGUUGCUGACUUUGAAUGCAACAUUAAGAAUUGGUAUAUACAAUCCUGCCCCAACAUUUGGUAUUCAUGUUAGUUCCACAUCAGUCAGUCUCUUCUAUUAUCAACUCCCUAUCGCCACCGGUCAGGUAAUUAUUUUGUUUGUAGUUAAGAAAUUUUCUGUGUUUAAUCACACACGUAAAACUUGACCAAAAUAUUGAUCUUGGGUCAAUGGAUCGGUCACUAGUUACAUGUACUAUGAAGCAGGCCGGCUUAUAUAAUAUAUGAACCUUAUGCUGCACACUUCCUUUAUCCAAAAUUUCAGUUAUGCUAUUAUUUUUAUUUUUAUUUUUUUUUUCCAAAAUUUUAGUUAUGCUAUUAUAAUUUAAAAAUGAAGACUUUUUUUGUAAAAUUAAAAUUUUAAACUAUGUGUUCCUAACAAAUCAGGACUCUAUGCCCUUUUACAAAGAAAAAAAACAAAUCAGGACUAGUGGAAACUUAAAGAAAAAAACACUAGUGCUAAAGUAUUAACCACAAGCCCAAGACAAAUGGCAACUAGCCCAUGUGCGUUAGGUUAAGCCCAUGUGUGUUAGGGUUUAUGGAAGUAGAUUAUAAAUAGGAAUCUUAACCUUGAGAGGAACUCCCUUCUUCAAUCUCAAUAAUGUAUCAUUUUACUCUUGUUGAUUAUUUAAUUUCGUUUCUUUAUUUUUCUGUUCUAAAAUAAAGUUAUUUCAUCAGCUAUUAUCUUUCAACCUCAAAUUUCUAUUAUGCUAAGCUCAUUCAAACACAUUUAUCUUAGUUUUGAUAUCUUCAACAUGGUAUCAGAUCCAUGUUAUCAUUGAAAUAACCUGGCUCUGAUACCAUGUAGAAAAUCUCAAAACAAACUUCUCAAAUUUAUUCUUAAAGAACUAAAGAGAAAGGGGAAUUUUUAUCCAAGAUGAGUAUAUGUUUCGGUUGUAUUUCUUUGGUAUUUCAUAAAGAGGAAAGGGCGUGCAACUAUAGCAGCCUGUCUUUAUGGUAGAAAAAUAGCAUUCAUAUUGAAAAUAACCUUAAACAUGUAGGCUAUGAGAUAAUUUGGGCUACUUGAACAUUAAUUUGGGCUUGUCCUUAAUACAAAUGCAUUAUGAGCACAUACUAUGUUUUCGGUUAGAUAUGAAUUUAUAAAUUAUAGCAACGGAAUGAUAUAAGAUAAGCACAUAUGUUUUCAUAUUAGAUUGUAACUUUGGAUAUUUAAGGCUUUGGUAUGACAAAUUUUUCUUUAGCAGUUGAAGGAACAUUAUCAACAGAAGAAGAGUCUAUAUACGGAAGCAGUGGUUAUAGAAGGAAGAAAGAUUCCAUUAUACGGUGCAGGCGCAAGCCUCGAUGCGACGGAGAGAGGCGGAAAUAUUCCGGUGAAUCUGAGAUUUGAAGUCAAAACAAGAGGAGAUGUGGUCGGAAGAUUGGUUACAAUAGGGCAAACAAAGAGAAUCUCAUGCUCAUUUGUCAUUGAUGUUGCCAUUAAUAAGCGCAUAUCGGUCGAUAAGAGUGAUUGCAGCUACUCAUGAUUCCAAAAACUUCAAUUAAAUAAUCAAUGCGAGUGAUGUGUAGUAAUAGUACGAGGUUUGUUUUCAACAAAAUAUUGGUAUGUAAAUGUUAACUGAGGUAAAAUUUAAAAAGUGAAAGUCAAAAAGAUUAAAUAUUUAUUUACUU